AUGGCUGCCGUUGAGAACGUACGUCGACGUCUGUUCGUGGAUCUCGUAUCGGUGGUUCCUCAUCCUCUUCCAGAAUUGUCUGUGGCGCACCGUGUGCCAAAAUCCAAGGAUGGUGAGAGUUUCUUUCAGUUCUCUAAGGAGGAAAUUCAACGCUCGGCAGAACCCUUUAGAUUUUCCAUUGUCUUGAAAUUUCUUCGGAACCGUCCUUCCCUGGAUGCUAUUCGGGCAUUCAUUCAAAAAUGCUGGAAUCUUGAUGGCAUUCCAGUUGUUUCUAACAUGUUGCAUCCUCGGAACGUGUUUAUAAGAAUGACUUCGGAAGAAGACUACAUGAAGGCCCUUUCACGUGAAGUUAAUGAUAUUGACGGGAUUCCAUACCGUCCAUUCCACUGGAGUCCAGAUUUUAAGGAAGAAGAAGAGCCAUCUAUUGUACCGGUUUGGAUCGUUUUGCUAGGUUUGCCUACUAACUAUUAUCAUGAGUCUUUUCUUAAAAUUCUUACUGCUCCAAUUGGUAGAUUUAUUAGACGAGAUAAUCCCACCCGUUGUGCCACUCGCACUGACGGUGCCCGUAUUUGUGUGGAGAUGGAUGUUGCAAAGGAUUCGUUAUCUCAUUUUUGGAUUGAGAUUCUUGGACUGGGGUCUAGCCGCAAACAAGAGAUAAUUUAUGAAACUCUACCGGCGUUCUGUUCCAAGUGCAAAAUACAGGGGCAUAAUGAAAGAACAUGUCGCGCGGGGAAAAAGAUUACGGGACGGAAAGUAUGGGUUCGGCAACAAGAGCCAGUUGUGGAAGAACCGAUUGUGGAAGCACCGAAGGAAACUAAGAAUCUUCCAGUAGUUGAGGAAAAAGAAGGUGAAGCAAAUCAAGAUUCUGAGGCAAAUUUGGAAAUAGGUGAUUCCUCCAUACCUUUGAUUGAGGAGUUGGAAACGGAUAAGGAUCAUGGUGAGUCUCCUGUUAUUGAGGUUCCUGCGGAGGCAGCCAAUAAUAAGGAGGUGGAGAGAAAUGAUGUAAGACUGGUUUGUUCUUCAACGUCGAAUGAGGUGGACUCAAGUUUGAGGGAGGUGGAAAUAGUUCCUUGUACUGAGGAGAGGGAGGUUGAUAACUUGCAGGACGAAGAGGUUUGCUUGGAAGAAGGGUCGAUGUUUGAUCCGAAACCAAAGUUACAUGCGGAAGUCUUCCUGCAAGAUAAGGAAUAUCACACGGAAACAGAGGAUGAGGUAGGGAAGAGAAAAUACCAUAAGUGGCAAUUUGAGAAAAUCAGGAGUUCCAAGAGGGUGAUCACUCGUGCCAAAAAGUUAUCUCAGUGA